AUGAACGGGAACUGUGGGAGUGCGCGGGGGCUGCAGUCGCUUGAGGGGUUGCCACCUCUGCCCAAAGGCCUCAGCGGGAUCUUGAGCUCCAGCGGUGGAUCGUGGCGGGACAUGGAGAGGGUGCAUGCCCAGAGAGCCCGCAUCCAGGCCGACAUGUCCCGAAGCGGCCCCGACACAGCGCGACAACCCCCGGGCAAGAAGCGAGGAGGAGGGCUGGACGCAGCGCUGGCUCUGCUCCGCAAAGAAAUGGUGGGUCUGCGGCAGCUGGACAUGUCUCUGCUCUGUCAGCUCUGGUCUCUGCAUGAGUCCAUACAGGAUUAUAAAGGCUCCUCUCUGCUGCACGAGGGAUCCUUCAGCUCUGACAACGUUUACUCUGACGCCUACUCUGAUGUGGAGGAAGACGAGGGAGAGGAGGAGGAAGAGUUGCCCCCUCCCACUGCGCUGCUGUCGCUGCCUCCCCCCAGCCACAACUCUCGGGACCAGUGGAUCAAAGACUCAUUCAAAAUACCAUAA